AUGUCGCGCGAUGAAAAUACUUCUUGCAAAAGAAUAUUUGAUCGAUAUGAAUGCCGGUCGGACCGCGAAUGUCUCAGAGCAGCGGGCGAAUGGGACCACACAUCCAUCGUGCUCAUGUCAGAGAACGGCGCAGAAAGCCGUAUUCUGAAAUUCAUCCCGGUUCUGGCAGGUCUUACCUUCGGCGAUGUGAUCAAGAGGUAUCAUGGUCCUUCACGCGGGAACACGGUGAAUCAGAACUCUUUUGUACGAUGUGGGCAGCAAUUGAGAUCAGCAGCGAAGCCGCGAAGCGAGAUUGUAUAG